CGUCAUCCUCUGAUACAUCCAGAGAAGGAAGCAAAUAAAAAAGACCAAUGUGUGGCCUUUCGCUUAUCUACCUACCUUUUUCUGCCUCCUAUCAUGUCGUCCUUUUCCACCGCCGUCCCACCCGCUGCGGGGGUUGGCUUGAAAAAUGCCGUCUUCGAUGGCGAGCCCUCCUUUCCAGUAGACGAAUUUGCGCUCGAUGAUAGCGACUCAAUAGAUUCACCUGUAAUUCUGAACCCUACUUCAGGCGUUAAUCCAAAACAUGGUACCAGCAGCAUGGAAUCAUCGAUCGUCGCAGUUACUGGUACGAAUGCUGAUUCGAGACGGCUAUCGUCCACAGUACAGGACCCUCUCCAUUCUCUACAUCCUUUCCCAGCUCGCCUACUAUCCGAACGCACCCGACGCCCUUCCGUCAUUCGGGCAGAAAGCUCAGAUUCAACCGCUAAAACAAUCUUAACCUCCUUCACUGGAAAAGAAGACCAGAACAUUAUAUCCGUUCCGGUGACUAGGGUGCCGACCGUCGAAAGUACAUCUGGGAUUCUUGAUCGAGUUCAGCAAUUGCACUACCAGGAAUCGUCGGCAAAUCAGGUCAUCAAAAAGCAAAAUAGGAGGAGUAUGAUCCAUUUCGCUGCUUUGUGCUGGUGUUUUAUAUUGGAAGGUUGGAACGAUGGAUCUGUCGGACCUCUACUUCCGGUCAUUCAAGCUUAUUAUUCUGUCGGGUUUGCUGUGGUGUCGUUGUUAUUUGUAUUCAAUUGUUGUGGCUUUGUCAUUGGGGCUGGGAUAAACAUUUGGCUCAACGAGCGAUUAGGAUUUGGGAAGGUUAUGGUUCUCGGGUCUCUCUUACAGCUUGCUACCUACGCAAUUCAAAGCCCUGCUCCUCCUUUUCCUGCAAUGGUUCUGUCGUUCUUUCUAGCUGGGUUAGGCAUGAGUCUCCAGAACGCACAGGCGAAUGGAUUCGUAGGAAGCCUCAAAAAGAAUAAAUCCACCAAGUUGAUGAUGCUGCACGCGUCUUACGGACUGGGAGCCUUCUGCUCGCCGCUGAUCGCCACUCAGUUCUCUCAAACUCGUCACUGGUCCUUCCAUUAUAUCAUAUCUUGCGGUAUCGCGGUAUCCAAUACCACUGUUCUUUGUGCUGUAUUCCGCCUGAAACGUCAAGAAGAGCUCCUCAAAGAAACAGGCCAAGAACCAAACGAAGAAAGACCAUCCAACGGCGUAGCUCUGACUUCGAACAAUCUGUAUCGCCAGAUAUUCAACAUCAAUGCUGUUCACUACUUAGCACUUUUCGCGUUUAUCUACGUAGGAGUUGAAGUGACUAUUGGGGGAUGGAUCGUUACCUUCAUCAUUCGAGAACGAGAUGGUGGUGCUAGCGCAGGAUAUAUCUCUUCCGGAUUUUUUGGCGGACUUACCCUCGGUCGUCUUGGCUUAAUAUAUAUAAACAAAAAAGUCGGCGAACGGAGAGUAGUAUUCAUAUAUGUUCUACUCUCAAUCGGGCUGGAAAUCACUAUCUGGUUCGUUCCGUCCAUCAUUGAAAACGCUGUUGCGGUUUCUUUUAUCGGAGCCAUGCUUGGACCACUUUUCCCUAUCCUAGUAGGCUACGGUGCGCGCGUACUCCCUCCAUAUCUCUUCACGGGAGGUAUGGGCUGGAUUACCGGUGUUGGGACUGCUGGGUCUGCAGCGUUACCUUUCAUUACUGGUGUCCUGGCAUCGAAAUAUGGGAUCAAAUCUUUGCAGCCUUUCUUGGUUGCGAUGAUGUGUACGCUCGUUGGGAUCUGGGCAGUUGUUCCGAAAGGGCGUCGCAUCGCUUCAUAGUGAUAUUACUACUAGUGUCCCCCUGCGGGGACCUACACUUGGCUUGGUCACUUGCACUGGAGAGGCGAAGAUGAUCGCUGCAUUCUCGGAUUUCCGACAUGAUAGUCCAUGUGCAUGAUCUUCCAUGAUUCACAGCUAUAAUCGCGCAUCAAUCUUUGUGC